AUGCAUUUCACAGCACCAGUUAUUUUUGGAGUAUUGCUCACUGUUGCCGCCAAUACAGUACCAUCCGAGCCGAUGAAACGUGGGAACAACCAAUUGUCAUCACACCCAGAGCAUGAGGCCAUCGAGGUAAUCGAGCUUCCACUACCUCCAGUCACUUCCAAUGAGACCGAGGGUGGCUGCACACGUUUGGUCAAUCCGCACGGGACUGGUUGUAUAGGUGCAACCUCUUCUAAUCUUCUGAGCGGGAACUUUCUUCCAGACGGUGAUCAUGUCACGGCUUCCUUGGUGUUCACUGGAGCCCCAGCUGCUCCAGAUCCGUCCAGCAUCUAUACCGGCCUCAAUUUGAUUAUUGUUCGCGUGGAUGGAACAUUGUUCCCCAACGGUGAUGCAUGGAAGUGUAUCACCUGUGGGGUCCCAGUGGACCAGCAAUACGGUCUCACCUCGACUAUGGACUACCAGUAUCCCCAGGCAUUUACCGACGGUACUCGCGUUCUUGUGGGAAGUCAUAUCGUCGAUUGUGGCACCGCACAGCUCGCCAGUACUGAGUGUACACCGGACAAGAUCCAUAUCUAUCCGAUCCGGUGGAACACUUCCCCAGAUGAUUCCGGGCCUGGAGGGGACAUCCGUGAGCUGCGAAAACACCCCGAUGACGUUCAUCUGCUCUUCAAUGCCAUGUCUCUCUCAGGAAAGAUGAUAUCGCAGUAUGCCUAUUUUGCAAGGUUGGAAUUCAACCCCGCGCCCACCACCGGAACACCUCUCACGCCGCGAUACGAUCUGGUCAAUGUGACUGGGCUGUAUGAACCGAUAGGCACGUCUUUCUUUUCGAUAAACGGGAGCGACUUGACCAUCAACUCGAGUUCCAUCUCAGUUGGAGAAGCACGCAGCCUGGGAGGACUAGGUGAUCAGGUCGACUACGUGGGAUUCCCUGCUGAAUCCUGCAACAUUGAUAUUUUUGGGGUCAAACUGCAAACCGGAAAAGUUGACCGGGUGACAUACAGUCCAGAGUACGUCGAUCCCAUUGACACCUCCUCAGAUGGUCGAUGGGUAGUCAUAAUGGACAGCACAACUACCGAUCGAAUGAUGUUUGUGGCGGGGAUGCGGGGCGUACCACCUCUCAUCGAUACACUUAUCACCGGUGCCAUCUCAUCCAUCCGAAACAAUGGACAACGGCGAUUCUUUGCGCCGUGGCUUUUGGAUCGAGAAGUUGCGCCAUAUUCAGAGGACGGCGGUUACUAUGAAGGCCAGCAGAUAAAUGCCGCUGGUGAUGGCAGUCCGGGAAGCGUGAAUGACCCUUUCUGGAAUGGAGGUGCCGACCCCCGAUGGUCCCUAGAUGGUACGAAGAUUGCAUACUUCCAACUCCUGACCCAAGCUCCGGAUUGUGGCGGAGUCAAUUCCGUACCAUGUCCCACGUCCACUGCUCCCGGUGGGCGAAAUGCGCGGCUCAUGAUGGCAACUCUCACCAGCCGCAAGCCCCUCCCAAGAGUCGCCGUGAAUCCAGUCUCUGAUAAUGUACCCUGGGGUCAACCAUAUACCGCAGGGAGCGCAGGACCCGAAGCGCCCAGUGUGCCAUUCGGCAAUUAUACUUUGAGUGGUCAAGUGAGCGGCCAUGCCGAUGUUUCCUUCACGGCCGACAGUGAUGGCACUGCACUUGAAACAGUUGAGGCCACCUAUCACAACUACUCCGACGAUGGCCGCAACUUCAUCGCAGGCAAGGAGAAGGUGACAGCGCUCUAUCCCAAUGCUACCCUGAUUCAUGUGGAUUGGUUCUCGGACCUGUCCUCCACCGGAAUUAGCAACAGUACAAAGGUCACAGGCCCCGGUGGGUUUCACUUCGACAUCGACGUUCAACUGAACAAGUUUUACGCGAAUGGCACUUUAACUACCACCGUUGAUGGCGUGGCAUACAGCCAGCCUGAAAAUGGAUGUUAA